AUGUCAAAAACAUUUCCGGUCAUGCUCGAACGCAUCGCGGUGGCUGGCAAGGCUUACCAACGCGAAGAUAUCGGUUCACGAGAAGAGCUCAUCAAGCUGGGCAGAGAUGUGGUAGCAGCACUUGAAAUCCCAAUACUGCAGCCUGCUCCAUCAGCACACUGCAGGUUAGCCGCUCAGGUCGGACUAUUCCAACACCUUAAAUAUGCAGGGGAGACGGGAAGUAGUCUUGAGGAUCUUGCCCAAGAUACAAGAGUCGAUGCACUACUACUCCAAGGAAUCCUCCGCCACCUAGUCGCCAUGAAACUUUUCACAUACUCGAAUGGAAAGUUCCAAGGAACACCCCUCAGUAACGGUCUCGCAGCAGAGAACUGUCAAAAAAGCAUCGAUUUCUGCUACGAUGUCGCCAGGUCGAGCUUCAAUCGCUUUCCCAGCUUCUUCCAAGAAACCGGCUCCAAAAUCACAAGUUCUGUCACAAAUGGUCUAUUUCAGGCCGCACACGGCUUCUACCCCGUAGCAGAGCGUCUAAUCGAGGGUUUCGACAAGGACGUCGGUGAAGCCUUGCUUGUAGAUGUUGGGGGUGGUCGCGGCCACCAUGUUGAGCAGUUCAUAUCAGAACACAAGGCACAUCCCGGGAAGACUGUCCUGAAAGACCGGGAGCCUGUUGUUAUCAGUGUUUCAAAUCAAGACAAGCUACCCUUUGAGUUGCAGGUACACGACUUCUUUACUACUCAGCCAAUCAAGGCUGCAUGGACUUACUCGCUUCAUUCCAUCCUUCAUGAUUGGAACGAUGAAGGAGGGAUCAAGAUCCUUGAUAGCCUGAAGCCUGCGCUUGAGUCUAGGUAUUCCCGGGUUCUGUUGAUUGAGAUUGUGGAGGAGGAGGAGGAGGGUAAGCCUACUAUCGCGGAGACGGCCAUGGAUAUGAUGAUGUUGGCACAUUUUGCGGUGCGGGAGAGGACCAGGGUAGAAUGGGAAGGUAUAAUAGAGAAGGCUGGAUUGAGAUUGGUGGGGUUCUAUAAUUUCCUGGGGGUUGCGGAGAGCAUUAUUGAGGCGGAGCUGCGAGAAGCUCCUUGA